UUUUUGUUCAGAGCCCGCGAGCAUAUCCUAUCGAUGACGAGCGCUUCUCUUGCCAGUUUUUCCCCCCGCCCUCCUUCAAUCCGGGAAACCUGUUUUUCAUGCACUCCUUCGAACCUGAAUCGCCAGUUUUUCCCCUUCAUCCUACAAAACGAUUCGAGAAGUUCUCUCAGAACCAUUGGCAGUGCUUUUCAACAAGGGCCUGCCGUUGUGCCCUCUGAUGACCUCCCUCUCUACGGUGCUUUUGUCAAGCCUAUCCAGGAAGUAGAGGGAAACGAAGAUGUUGACGAGCUUAUCGAUGGCGUCUCCAGCACUGAACCAGAGCCUAAAUCACAGUUAUCGAGUAGGGUUAAAAAAAAGGUAGAAGAUGGGGACAGCCUCGAGGAUAGGUUUAAGCUGCGAAAUGGAAGGGAGGUUUUUGAAGAGAAGGCCUAUCUUGUUGGCGUAGAGCGGAAAGGAGAUGUUGACCAACUUUUUAGCAUAGAUGAAUCUCUGAAAGAACUAGCACAGUUAGCCGAUACAGCUGGACUAAUGGUCGUUGGUUCAACAUAUCAAAAGCUAGCUUCUCCAAACCCUAGGACUUACAUAGGAUCCGGCAAAGUUGCAGAAAUCAAAAGUGCAAUUCAUGCGUUGGGUAUAGAGACUGUGAUAUUUGAUGAUGAGCUUUCCGCCGGGCAAUUGCGGAACUUGGAAAAAUCAUUCGGUGGAGAUGUUAGAGUUUGUGAUCGUACUGCCCUAAUCCUGGAUAUCUUCAAUCAGAGAGCAGCAACACACGAGGCAUCUCUACAGGUGGCAUUGGCACAAAUGGAAUACCAGUUACCACGACUUACAAAGAUGUGGACUCAUCUUGAGCGUCAAGCAGGAGGACAGGUGAAAGGUAUGGGUGAGAAACAAAUUGAAGUGGAUAAGCGUAUCUUACGAACACAAAUUGGUGUUCUCCGGAAGGAAUUAGAGUCUGUUAGGAUGCAUCGAAAACAGUACAGAAACCGACGCAUUUCUGUACCUGUCCCAGUAGUUUCUCUGGUUGGAUACACAAAUGCUGGAAAGAGCACGCUCUUGAAUCAAUUGACUGGAGCUGAAGUUCUUGCGGAGGAUCGAUUGUUUGCAACCCUUGAUCCAACUACAAGAAGAGUUCAGAUGAAGAAUGGGAACGAGUUUCUCCUUGCAGAUACUGUUGGUUUCAUCCAAAAGUUACCAACUAUGCUGGUUGCUGCAUUCAGAGCAACAUUAGAGGAGAUAUCAGAAUCGUCAUUGCUGGUUCACGUGGUGGACAUCAGCCAUCCGCUGGCUGAGCAACAGAUAGAAGCUGUGGACAAAGUUCUUUCAGAACUGGAUGUUUCAUCAAUUCCCAAGUUGAUGGUAUGGAACAAGGUUGACAAGGUUGAUGAUCCUGAACUUGUUAGACUGGAAGCGGAGAAGAGAGGAGAUGUUGUUUGUGUAUCUGCGUUGAGUGGUGAUGGUCUGGACAAAUUCUGUGAUGCAGUUCAGGGAAAAUUGAAGGACUCAAUGGUUUGGGUGGAAGCCUUGAUCCCAUUUGAUAGAGGUGAGCUCCUGAGCACUGUGCAUCAGGUUGGAGUGGUGGAGAAAACUGAAUAUACAGAGAAUGGGACAUUGGUGCAGGCAUACGUCCCCCUUAGGUUUUCAAGGCUGCUUACACCUAUGAGGCAACUGUGUAUAUCCUGAACUCAGUUUUCCCCAUUUUAUCAUUUCGACUUUUACUAUCCAUUUCUAUUGCACUAUUCAUAUGACAGGGGAAGGGACUCCUGUUUGUUGUAAUUGUGUAAAAGCAAGGAAUCACCCAACCAUGGGAUUGUAAAUAAAUUAUGUUCUGAAUUGUUGAAAUUAUGAUGUGGAAAGAAGUUACACGGGCAUUGGAACGUCCUCUUUUGCUA